UCCAACAUGCACAUUACUCUAUGGUUCACCGUUCAUGCAUGAUUCACGAGUUAGGACUUGAAAUUCGAAUGCAGUAAACACUGGUAAAGGGGAAGUAUUUUUGAAAGAAGCUGGGUGUUCUAAAGCUAGUCUGGCCGUCAGCUAAAUCUCUGAGCGAUGGAUCGGCUUCCUCUGCUACUGCUUCGAGAACAAGCAGAGAGUUUUGGAGAUGAUGUCCGGAGUGAAUUGACGGAAGAUGAGUGGUCGCUGUGCAGCUCAGUACUCUCCGGUGACUAUAGUGGUGCGCUGUCCAGCCAGAUUAUCCUUGACCUGUUCAAGCUGUCACCUAACAGCACAGAUCCCCUGGAGGACCUGAAAGCCAAUGUCAGUGCCGUUUUGGAGCGUACAGAGGAGUGCAAGCGGGUUGUUCUCUUGGUCAGUGGAAUUUCCAUACUGCACGCUUUCAUCCAGUGUAACUGGACUGGACCUCCGUUUUCCAAACAGGUGUCAGAGAUACUUCAGUUGCCGGCUGAUGUGGCGUCUUCCGUUCACAGUGCUGCCCUAACUCAGCUUGGUGAGAAUGGCGAGGAAUGCUACUCGUUGUGUGUGGCGCCCGAGCUGCUGUGGAUGGCUCGCUGCAUUCUCUGUGACAACAGCGACAAGUUGGAGAAUCCGGUGACCCAGUGGUGGACUCUGAGAUGUCUGAUGAUCUGGCAACAGACGCUCACUGACAAACUGCCUUAUGUUUGGGAUAGGAUCAAUGUCAUCAGAGAUCGGUUAUGUGGCUCGGGGUGUCCUAUUGCACCACUGCUGGAUUCAGAUGUUGAUCUGAAGUGUCUGCUACAUCUGGAGCUGACGCAGAGUUGUCUACUGUACUCACAGCUGACAGCCGCUCAUGAUCAUCUGGAAUCAGCUAUGAAGUAUGCCAAGCUGCAGUCAGUGGGAUUGACAGGUGCACUCGGCAAGAGGACACGUUUCCAGGAUUUUACCACUGCUCAGUUGAUGCUCAAUGUCCAGACUGUGACCGAGGGAGAAAGCACCGGUGGCCAGAGCUCUACUGCUACGCCGUCAGAAGCAGAGCCAGCCGUUGUCCGGGACGUGAAGCUGGGUGAUGACACGGUGCUGGAUCACAUUGAGUUCACGGAGCCAGUUCCGAAUCAGUCUCUCAACGGCUUGCAGCUGUGUACAGUUCUGGCCAUGUGCUUGGAGACACAGAAGGUUCGUCCUGUGGAUGGACUAAGCAGAGAGGAAACCAUGGCAUUCGUAGAGCGGAUUCUCUGCCAGCCCCAGUCCUGGAGUAUUCAGUCGCGUACUCUGCUCCUUCGAUGCAAGGCGGAGGCGGAGAGCACACGGCGCAUGGAGCGUACCAUGACGCAGCUGCAGGAUAUUGUGGAUGACUUCUCCAAAAGUGCCCCUUCGGCUGGUGAUCGCCUUCGUCUCUUCCACUGUUCUAACCUACCACCGCGCUGGAUGGUUGAGCGAGACUUGGCCAAGCAACUGAUACGCCUGGGUGUGGUGAAGAGCGCUCUGGACAUUUUCACUCAUUUAGAAAUGUGGGAUGAUGUCAUUGAGUGCCUGGUCAUACUGGGUCGACAUGGUGAUGCCGAGCGCUUGGUGCGUGAGCGUCUGGACGUUCAGGAAACGCCAGCACUCUGGUGCAGUCUGGGUGACUUGACAAAGGACCCCGAGCAUUAUCUGAAGGCCUGGGAACUGUCAUCGCAUCGCAGUGCCCGUGCACAGCGCUCGCUCGGUCUCAUGUACCUACGGCAGGGCAAGUUCGAGGAGUGCGUUGAGCACCUGAAGCUGUCGCUGAGUGUCAACUGUUUGCAAGAAACUCUCUGGUUCAGUUUGGGUUGUGCAGCAAUGAGUACUGAUGAUCUGCCGCUAGCCGCUUCGGCUCUCCACCGUUCUGUCACGUUGGAGUUUGAUAACUACGAGGCAUGGACGAACUUAGCCAGUGUUCACAUUCGCAUGAAACAGAAACCCAAGGCACACAAGACUCUCCAGGAGGCACUGAGAUGCAACUUUGAGAAGUGGCAAAUCUGGCACAAUUUCAUGCUGGUCUGUACUGAUGUUGGCGAGUUUGAAGAUCUAGUCAAUGCUGUCCAUCGACUGGCAGAUCUCAGUCCCAAGCAGCUAGACAAUGAGGUUCUGCGAAUCCUGGUGGACGUCAUUACUGGUGAUGCUCCUGAUGCUCAUGGAGUACCAGCAAGUCGCCUGCUGCCGAAGGCAUUGAAGGCGUUCGGCCACAUCUCUUCCAAGGUUGUUACCAAUGACGUUGUCUGGCAGCAGUACGCCCGCCUGCACUUCUUCUCAGCCGAACGUGAAAAGACCAACGAACAAACCGCCCAGGUGUCCCGCGAGAAGGGUCUCCAGUGCUUGCAGAAAGCUCAGCGUCUCUGUUGUCAAAAUGAAGAGCUGAAACAUAGUGUUGAUGUGCUGAAGAAGGCAUCGGACUUGACGUUGGAGCUCGCAAACGCUUGUGAAUGCGUGUCGAAAGGACAAGCCAACACAACCUCGGCUAUUCAAAGCCUGUCAUCUGGCAAGCUUGCACUGCGCAGCAUGAUUGCCACAGCCAAGAAAUUCACCCCGGCUGAUGAUCAAGUGGAACACGUGGAUGGCCUGAUCAAGGCAUUAGAAGCACGCUUGGAGCAGGUCGUUGAGGGACUGCAGAUUGUGAAGUCAGCCGGGCAGUGAAGACCAAUCAGAGUAUAAGAGCCUGGAGAAGGAAAUGGACCAGAUAACCCAGUGCCUCGACAACUUGGAAGAGAAGACCGACGAUAUUACAAGCCGCGCAAAGGAGCUACUGGCAAUGAUGGCGGCAUCAAAUGGCACAGAGGGUCAACC